AUGGCUUUGGUGCCAUUAACUGUUUAUCUAACAAGUAUUGCUACAAUUAUUGUACAAAAACCAAUUCAAGAUUUCAUUAGUCGUGAAAUGAAUUCUGGUAUAGGUCUUAUUUUUGUCACAAUCUUUUGUAUACUAGUCAGUUAUCCUGGUAAUCCCCCGCUACUUCAUCGUAUUUAUAUUGCUGCUGGUAUUUUAGGCAUUGGUUGUACAACUAUUUUGAUUACAUCGCUAGCUAUGGUGUCAGAUUUAAUAGCUAAAAAUCAAAAACACGGUGCAUUCGUCUAUGGUUAUAUGUCAUUUACAGAUAAAUUAGCGAAUGGUAUUGUUAUACAAAUUAUUGAAUUAUUAUGGAAUGAAUGUUCAUCUGUGAAUUAUUAUCAAAAUGUUGAAUCAUAUGGUAUUGGAGCAUUUGUAUUAUGCCAGUUGAUUUUUCUAUGUAUUUAUAAAUGGCAAAAGACUAGAUAUGAUGCUAAUGUGAACAUUAUUCAUGAACAUGUAUAACUGGAUAAUAUUCUGCGUUUGUUUUUUGUUUUUUUCUAAACAUCUUUUUCUAUACACAUAUAUGUACCCAAACGCCCCUGAAAUACCCCGUUUGUAUUCCCAGAAUUUUUAAUCUUAUAGUUGUUUAAACUCUACCCUAAUAUCAGUUUCAUUGUCUAAUAUACGUUUUUUAAAGAAACGCCUCCCUGUUUUAUUUACAAUCACCCUUCUUUUCCACUCUCUGUAUUCCCAACACUCUCUAUAUCCUAUAAAGCAAUUACUAAAACUGUGUACGUCAUUAUACAUAGAUAUAUGUAAAUGCUCAACAGUCAAUUUUAAUUUUUGUUUUAUACG